AAUCAACGUAAAAAUAAAAUGAACCAGCAACGAGUAGAGGUUAAUAAUAUCUCAGAUUUCCUUGGGACUAAGAUCCAGAAGAAACCCACAAAGAUUUCGAAGGAGAAGAUGACCUUCUUGGAUAGUACAGCGGUGACUGCUAAAAUGAAGAUGGAUAGCACCCUUACUACAAAUGCGAUGCAUGAAGGGGCGAGCUUGAUGAAGAAUAAUAUUUCAUCGACCUUAUUCCCUGAUAUGCAGAAAACUAAUCUCAUGGACUCUCAGAUGUCCAAGGAUUCGUUUAAUGUGACUAUUCCAUUAGAAAAAGGGUAUGAAAAAAUUAACUCUAAACUUCUUGAUACAGAUGAAGAUGAAGAAAUGCAGAAACUAGAGGAUGGCCAGUUGGUGGUUAACCCUAAAUAAGAUCGAAGAAUGGCUUUCACUAGCUAUUAAAGGAGCUAUGAAGAAGGGUCUCCUUAAAGAAUCCUCUAGUAAUGUCUCUUAUAAGACUUUAUCAGCUGAUGAAGUUAAUAAAGCUACGAAGAAAAUAGACGUUCUCAAGAAAUUUGGAAUUGAUAGAGACACUCUGAGGAAUAAUGGGAUCGAUGAUGAUAGUAUAACUAGGAUAUACAGAGCUCUAUAUGUCUAUAGUCUUGGUUUUUAUGAGCUCAUUAAAGAACCACUGGAAAGAGGUAACAACAGAAAGCUUUUACUAUCCACUAUAUGGAAGAUUUACUCUGUCCUACUCCAACAUGUCGGAAAAGCUGAAUAUGCUACAGUUGUUUCUAACCUUACCAAUGCUUAUCAAAUGGAUGUCAUCAACCUUGAGGAGCAAAUGAGAAAGCAAAAAGAGCAUUAUACAAAGAGAAAAGAAGAGAUGAUGAUAAAUAUUCAUAAGCUAACUGAAGAGCUUAAGGAAACUCAAGAGAAACUCGAAGCUAGUAAUGAAAGGGCAGAAAACCUUGUUGAUGAGAACAUCAAGCUUCAAGCCGCUGUUGAGAGGGAAAAGGAGCUAAGAAAUCAUUUCGAAGAUAAAUUUUGUAACAUUGAAAGACUGCUCAACGGGAAAGAUACUGAUCUUAAGAUUGCCAAAGAUGACCUCCAUAAAAUGCUUGAUGAAGUACAAGAACUGAAGGAAUCAAUGGAAAUCAAAGAUGAAACAAUAUCAAUCUUGAGAAAUGAAAAAUUCAAAAAUGAUCAACUUCUUCAAGAAAAGAUCACUGAAUGUGCAGGAUUGAAAGAGAAUAUUCUAAGCAAAAGUGCUGUUAUUACUCAAAGAGACAAAAGAGUGAGAGAACUGCUUAAAGAAGUAUCUGAGCUGACCAAGACCAUGCAUGAUCUUGAAAAGGAGAUCAGCACUCAGAAUAUCAAGAUGAGUGUUGUCCAGUCAAGAGUGGUCGACGGAAAAACCGAGACCCACGAAUUAGAAUCCAAGCUUGAAAAGAUCAAAAGAGUUAAUCUAAACCUUGAAGAAAGAGUUCAAGUCCUCACUGAGAAAUUUGAGGAAGUAAAUCAGAAAUACACUGAAGUUGACUCAAAAUACAUCGCAUUAGUUCAGGUUGAGAAAUUCUUGAGACAAGACAACCAGGAUUUUCAUACUAAAAACCACGAGCUAGAGAAGACUCUUGACUUACUUCGAGAAAAGAGUAGUGGCUUAGAAGUCAAGCUUAAGAACUCCAUCGACAAAUAUGAAUUGACUAAGAAAGAUUAUGAAGAUACUAUCAAAACUUUAGAAGAAAUCAACCGCCAAAGGAACAAACUCGAAGACCAAGUUAUGAUCAAGAACAAGCACGUCAAGGAUGUCACAAGUGAGCUGGAGAGUCUUCAGAAAAAUCUUUAUAAUGAAUGCAAUCUUUCAAACAGGCUCCAGCAGAGACUUAAUGACCUCGAGGCUGAGUUCCAGACUAUUUCAAGGCGAGAAACUGCAAAUGCAGAGAUGUCAGAAAUACAGAUCGCUUCUUUGGAAUCAAAAUAUCUUGGAAUGUAUAAAAAAUGCAAAGAAGAGCAAAAACAGAAAUUAGAGUGGAUGUAUACCUAUCAGAAUAGUCACCAAGAACACCUCGAAAAUGAAGUCGAGCUUAAGAAGGCUCUGGGCAGCUACAAAGGCCAAGUCCUCAGAAACAAAGACCUCAGAAGUGACAAUGAAAAGUAUAAAAACGAGCUAAAGGACUGGGAAAAUAAAUGCGAACGCUUAAAUGAUGAGAAAAUUGACCUGCUUACUAAGAUCGACAGGAAAAACAAUGAAGUUGACUCUUUAAAGAUGACUUAUGAUAACCUAGAGAACCAUAAUGCUGAGUAUAUCAAGAAACUUAGAGAUCUUAACAAAGAAAUGGUUAAGAAAAUGAAACGAAUAGAAAGCAUUAAGCAAAUGGAAGUAGAAGAUCUUACAAUGAAAGUUAUCAACUAUGAAGUCAAGGUAAUGAAAUCAGAAGAGGGAUUAUUAGAAGCCGAGAAUGAGUUAUUCCAAUUUAAAUGCACUAUGAAGCAAGCAGAGUCUAAGCUUAAGCACGCUGAAGAGAGAGCAGAUGUAUUGAAGGCUGAGAACCUGGAUGUAAAAUCAAAACUUGCUAUUGAGCAAACUCAAAAUACAGUCAAUAAAGAAAAACUUAUUAAAAUGGAAAGCUAUAAAGAAAAGGUUGAAUUGCUCACUACCUUAAGUGAGAAAUACAAAGAAAAUAUUGAAGAACUAAAGAAAGAGAAUCAGGAGAAGGAAGAUAAAAUUAUGAAGACAAAGGAUGAGUUAACACUUAUGAAAGCUAAAAGACCAUCAUCUUUUUCAAUUAAGAAAAAUAUGAAGAGUCAAAGGGUCCAGACAAUUAAUGUGAUGCCCACUAAUCUCCCAAAUAACUUACAUUUCGAGCAGAAAUCAUCAAAAGGCUCAAUCUUGAGCUAUAAUAAAUCAUGCAAAGACUUGACUGAGGCAUCAAAAAUUAAAACUGCGAGAUAUAGUGUUGCACAAAGAUCAAUUUCCGAUAAGAAUCUCUUACCAAGAUUGAGCCAUCGUGACAUCACUCUCGAAGAGGGUAAAGGACUGGAGAAAUCUCUGUUUCUAAAACAUGAGGAGCCUUCUGAGACACAAAGAGAUACGACCCAGAGUGUUAUAAAUCUUCCUGAGGCCAGUAUAAUCACUAAUUUCAACGGAUGGAAGGUAGAGCAUACUCAUGGGAAGAAGUCAAGAAACUUCAAGGGUCCAAUCAAGCCAAAAGAGAGCAGAACCAUGAGAAAUAUCAUCAAGAAUGCCUUCAUGAAGUAAAAGUGAUAGAUAUGAUUCAAUAAGUGGAA